AUGAAGAAGCACAUCCUCUACAGAAACAGUCUGGCGGAAUCUAUCGCCAGUGUGCUGGCAUCGAAGCUUGCUACUAAGGAGAUAGACGAGGACCAUCUCUUCGAGACCUUGCAUGCCACUUUGACGGAAAAUCCUCAGAUCGUGUCAGACUCCAUCCAGGACUUAUUGUGGAUCCGAGACAUCGACCCUGCAGCCACCAGCUUCAUCCAGCCGUUCUUGUACUACAAGGGAUUCCAUGCAGUGAUCGUCCAGAGGAUCGGACAUCGUUUGUGGGUGACAGGAGAUGAAGAGAUGCGGAUGAUUGCUCUGAUGCUUCAGAGCCGCGCCAGUGAGAAGUUCUCGGUGGAUGCCCAUCCUGGAGCGAAGCUGAGCCACGCUAUCAUGAUCGAUCAUGCGUCAGGGGUGGUGAUAGGCGAGACGGCGUCCAUCGGGCAUCACUGCUACAUCCUUCAUGGAGUGACGCUGGGGGCAACCGGCAAGGCUGGGGUGUUUGAUCGUCAUCCAAAAGUAGGGAAUCGCGUCAAGAUUGGAGCUGGCGCGAUGAUCCUGGGAAACAUUCCCGUUUCGGAUGAUGUUGUGGUUGGCGCAGGAGCGAUUGUAACUAUUCCUGUUGGACAGGGAGAGACGGUUGUGGGAAUUAAUCGUGUUCUAGACGCAAAUCAGCGCAAGACAGCCAACGAUGCGCUGCAGGACAUGAACACCUGGAUGUUCACGAUCUAG